CAUUAAAACUUCGCGUUGGCGCGCUCUCGCAGUACUCCGCUUCCUGUAAACAGCGUCGGGCGUCCCGUUUCGGCCGCACCGCGAUUCGGACCAAAACCUUUAGCUCUGACCUGCUGCACAAGCCUCUAACGGGAUCCCGCAACGCCUAGAUUUUCUUUUUCUUUCCUCUCUCAAAACGAUUAUUUGAACCCGACGUCAUGUUUGAGGCUCGCUUGAUCCAGGGCUCCAUCUUGAAGAAAGUGCUGGAGGCUUUGAAAGACCUGAUCACAGAAGCGUGUUGGGACGUCAGCUCGUCCAGCAUCUCCCUGCAGAGCAUGGACUCCUCUCACGUGGCUCUGGUGCAGCUCACGCUCCGCAGCGAUGGGUUCGACUCCUACCGCUGCGACAGAAACCUGGCUAUGGGAAUUAACCUCGGCAGUAUGUCAAAAAUCUUGAAAUGUGCAGGGAACGAAGAUAUCAUCACCCUCAGAGCAGAGGACAAUGCAGAUACACUUACCCUUGUGUUUGAGACAGUCAACCAGGAGAAAGUCUCGGACUAUGAGAUGAAGCUGAUGGACCUAGAUGUGGAGCAGCUUGGAAUCCCAGAGCAGGAAUACAGUUGUGUGGUGAAGAUGCCCUCACGGGAGUUUGCCCGAAUCUGCCGUGACCUGUCCCAGAUCAGUGACGCAGUCAUGAUAUCCUGUGCCAAAGACGGAGUCAAGUUCUCUGCCAGUGGAGAGCUGGGCACUGGGAACAUCAAGCUGUCCCAGACCAGCAAUGUGGACAAGGAAGAUGAAGCAGUGACCAUUGAGAUGAAUGAGCCUGCCCAGCUGAUAUUUUCCCUCAACUACCUGAACCUCUUCACUAAGGCCACAGCACUGUCAGAGGCUGUCACCCUCAGCAUGUCUGCAGAUAUCCCCCUUGUGGUGGAGUACAAGAUUGCUGACAUGGGGCAUGUUAGAUACUACCUUGCACCCAAGAUUGAUGAAGAGGCUUCAUAAACGCGGAACAACCCAAAAGGGAAUGCUGAAAAGAGCGUGCAAUGGGUAUUCCAUCCACUGAAAAAAGCGCUGAAGUGAAUCGGAAUACUUAAUUCAUCCCUGAGGGGAAAUUCUGCACAUUCUGGGCAGUUUACUCUCUUUGACAUCUGUUGAGUCUUGUCUGUCUAUGUACAAAUGUUUUGUAGGAGCCAUUGGAAGGUCUCUACUUGUAUAGCUAGCACAAAAUUUUUAUUUUAACAGGUUCUGAGAUUUUUAUUUAUCAGAGUACUUGUUUUAGACAAUUUGUCAACUGUUGUCCUAUUAUGCAAUAUUCAGAGCGAGGUUCUGUAAAACCUGUGGCCACUAUCCCAAGUGGAAAGAGCCGCCCCCCCAUCUCUGUUCUAGGGUAGCUGAGCUUCAAACAUACUUGUAAAUAUGCAUCUGUAAAUACUUGUCUUUGUCCCAUGGUUUCAGCCAGCCUCAUUUUAUUUUUUAUUCACCUGUUCAAUUCCCAGAUACGUGGUUGAAAUUGUUUCCAAAAUUUCCAACAAUUGUGUAUUCUUCAAUGGUGUAUAGUAACUAUAUUUCCCCAGCAUUACACUGUAGGGUAAUGGUUCUCAAAACUUUUUUGGCUGCUGUACCCCCUCCCCUCUUAGAUUUUUGUUCAACAAGUACCCCCUUGGCCAACCCAAAACUUUUAGAAAAAAUGAAUAAAUAAAUAAUAUGCAA